UUUUCUUCUGCUCUUCUCACUGUACUGCAUGUCGUUGUACCUGUACUGUACGUAAGAUGAGUGUGUAAUAUGCCAUGACUAGCCAUGACAACCAGUUUGUGUCGAUUUACACGACCGUUCAAUGUCAAUGUUGUCGAAUAACUGUCAUUAGGUUCACACGACCAGACCCCAUCAUAUGAAGCAAGUCGAUCUGCUAAAUACAGUCAUGGAAAAUUACAACAACGAGCUGGUCUUGAAAUUUCUUGAGAAGUAUGACUGGAUUUAUAAUUUCCAGCUGAUAAAAUUCUUUUUGGAUAGAGUAUGGGAAAAUAUCCCAAGAGAGUGGUGUGAAGUUCUACUGUCACUGUCAAUAGAAGAUCUCAACAGAUUACCUUAUGGAGACAUGAGGGAUGAAUGGCCAGCCUCUCUGAAAGAAUUCAUCAGAACAGCAUUGACCUUGUCCCUGCCAAGGUCACCAAGGAAAGGGACAAUACCUCUGGGCAUUGACCCAGAAAUGCGACGAGGCAUGACACCAAAGAAGCAACAUGAGGUAUCCUUGAUGUCAUCGGUCGUGCAUGACGUAGCACAGAGAGCUGACUGUGAAGUUAUUCUAGAUAUUGGAUCCGGACUGGGUUAUCUGGGACAGCUACUUCAGAAACAUUUUGGCUACCACAUUAUAGGACUAGAGAGUAAGCAGGGUCACACCUCUGGGGCAGAGAGAAGGGCCCGACAUACAACAGAACUUGACAAAUUGUCCUUAAAACAACCCCAACAGUUUCUGGGUGUGUGCAAUUCUUGUCAAAAAAGUAGGUGUGUGGAAGGACAAACUGAUGUUUUGAAACAUCCCCCAGAUUUCAGCAGUGAUGUCAUGGUACCAGAUUCAAAGCCACAACUUGAGAGACCAGUGACCUUGACAUUACCACGGGCUCUGAUGAUUGGUCUGCAUUGCUGCGGUGACCUCACUCCAACUAUGAUGGAAUAUUUCCAGAGUCUGGACUUUGUUAGGGGGCUAUGUUGUGUCAGUUGCUGUUAUCACAGAAUGGAGGUCAAAGCAGGGAAUGAGACACCAUACAACUUUCCAUUGAGUGCAACAACGUGUAAAAUCUACAACAAACUAAGGGGAGAUAACCCCAAGUGGAGUAUUGGCACCUUUGCUUUACGACUAGCUGCACAGGAGACCAGGGCUCGGUGGGGUAAGCAGACUGCUGAAGACCAUGAUUACCACACAAAGAACGUAGGGUACAGAGGCAUUCUGGAGCUCUAUAAACAUACCAGUAAGUCUUCUAGAGGUACAGAGGGAUUCUCCAGCUCUAUAAACAUACCAGUAAGUUUUCUAAAGGUUCAGAGUGAUGUGGUACAAAGGGAUUGUCUAGCUCUAGGGAUUCUCGAGCUCUAUAAACAUACCAAAUCUAAAAAUUGUGAGAAGGCAGCUAGGAGGAUAGCCAGAAAGUCUGACUUUUCUUCAUUCACAGCCUACGUUGAGGCAGCCAGUUGUCGCCUUGAAGCAGAAGAGGGGACUGGUAUAGACAGAGCAGAACUGUUCAGAUUAUAUGAGGAAAACAAGGACAAGAUGAGGUUUAUAGAACCUCUGACAGCACUCCAGUAUCUGCUACAGCCAGUUUUGGAGGGACUUAUCACUACAGACCGAGCCCAGUAUUUAAAGGAACACGGCAUCACUACAGAAAUUAUACCAAUAUUUGACGAGGUUAUCUCCCCUAGGAACUUGGCUUUGAUAUCUGUGAAAUGAUGCGUACUUACAUUGUAAUAUAACAGUGAUGUCAAAUAUACAGACCAGAGGAGAUACCAAACUGUACUAAAUAACUGGGAUUAUUGAACGGUGGAUAUGGUUGCAAUCACAGUGACUUAUAUUAGUGAUGGGAAUCGGCCUCACUUUCAGAAUCGAUAAAACAAAAUCUCGAAAUCAAUAAAUAUAGAUUAUGACCAAUUUUCUCAAUUUCACAAAAAAUUUUCCUUUUGUAGAAAAUAUAUGUACAUCUCAUGUGAUCAAGUACAUUGAUUACACAGCCAUUAAUUCUUAUCAAAGUGUUGAUACUGAACACAAACAAAACAUCAAACAGUUGUUAGUAUAUUUAAAUCUCCUUAAUCACUUGCAAACGACCAAUGGAUUUAUCGGUAAAAUAUAAGAACAGCUGGUUCUUGGUUUGGUAGUAUUACAAAAAAUACACAAAAGGCAAAGCUUUACAAACACUUCCAGAAAUUUACAAUUAAUUGCCUUUUCAGAAUCGUCAUCGAUGACCCUCCUUCUUUUCUUUUUUUUCACUAAUUUUCGAUUAUUUUUUAUCAUUGACCCACAACUUAUUAAUAUUUUUGUUCUUACGCUCGUGACUAUGUCAUGUGGAAUAAAUUUUAUAAGUUCAAUAAUUUGAUAUGCCUCAAGCCUUUAGGUGAUUGGCAAAUUCCAUGUUACAUAGCCAGGAGUGUAAGAUUCUGUUUAUCACAGAUCUCAUUACAACACAAAUACAAUACAAAUGCUCAUGGAAGUUAUUGUUUUAUGUAGCCAAGUUUUCCAUCUCCACUGGAAUCACAUGCAUAACAAGACUUUUGUUGUUGAAUUGUUAAUUUUUACUCAUAAAUAAACUUCAAUCAAAACAAUUUA